AUGACCCGGUUUGGAGACGUCGUUCCCAACGCGAUGGAAUCGAGAGACGGCGGCUCCGAACCGACAGUGGACUGCCAAGGGGAAGGAGAGUCCACGGUAGAAAUGAAACAAGCCAGCGCGCAGAGGGCGCGGACUAUGGCUUUGUACAACCCCGUCCCAGCUAGACAGAACUGCUUCACUGUCAACAGGUCACUUUUUAUUUUUGCGGAAAACAACAUAAUAAGGAAAUAUGCAAAGAGAAUCAUUGAGUGGCCUCCAUUUGAGUAUAUGAUCUUGGCCACCAUCAUUGCUAAUUGCAUCGUCCUGGCCUUGGAACAGCACCUUCCUGGAGAAGACAAGACACCCAUGUCCAAAAGACUGGAGAAAACUGAGCCCUACUUCAUUGGAAUCUUCUGCUUUGAGGCUGGUAUUAAGCUGGUGGCCCUUGGGUUUGUUUUCCAUAAAGGCUCCUACCUGAGAAAUGGCUGGAAUGUUAUGGACUUCAUUGUAGUACUGAGCGGGAUUUUGGCGACAGCAGGAGCUCAUAUGAACAUUCCAGUGGAUCUGAGGACUCUUAGAGCAGUGCGUGUGCUGAGACCACUCAAACUAGUGUCAGGGAUCCCCAGUCUGCAGAUUGUUCUGAAGUCUAUCAUAAAAGCCAUGGUGCCACUGUUGCAAAUUGGUCUCCUGCUCUUCUUCGCCAUCCUCAUGUUUGCCAUCAUCGGCCUGGAAUUCUACAGCGGAAAACUCCACCACACCUGCCUACCUUCACCGGACAUCCUGGACAAUGAGACGUUAGACACGUCUGAGGUGGAGUUCGCGUGCGGAGUCAGGAAAUGUCCGGAGAAAUACGACUGUAACGGGACGUGGAUUGGACCGAAUGACGGAAUUACACAGUUCGACAACAUCCUAUUCGCCGUGCUCACGGUCUUCCAAUGCAUCACCAUGGAGGGCUGGACGGCUGUCCUGUAUAAUGCCGAUGAUGCAUUGGGUCCCACGUGGAAUUGGAUGUAUUUCAUUCCCCUUAUUAUCAUUGGGUCGUUCUUCGUGUUGAACCUCGUGCUGGGAGUCCUCUCUGGAGAGUUUGCUAAAGAGAGAGAGAGAGUGGAGAACCGGCGUGCCUUCAUGAAGCUACGACGUCAGCAGCAGGUGGAGAGAGAACUCAACGGCUACCGCGCUUGGAUAGACAGAGCAGAGGAGGUUAUGCUGGCAGAGGAAAAUAAGAAUUCUGGAAGAUCUGCAUUGGAUGUGUUGAAACGAGCUACCAGCAAAAAAAAUGCGAGACGUCGUGGACCAGGGGAAGACAGAUACUCCGAAAUCUCUACGAUUGACGGCCCCCGACCGCGGGUCUGCAUCCGACCCGCUAGACGCGGCCCGGCCGCGUACUUCCGACGGAAAGAGAGGAUGCUUCGGAUAUCCAUCCGUCGCAUGGUGAAGACAGACAGUUUCUACUGGUUGGUCCUGAGCCUUGUGGCUUUGAACACCAUCUGCGUGGCUAUUGUUCAUCACAAACAGCCUGACUGGCUCACCAUCGUUCAAUACUAUGCAGAAUUCGUCUUCCUGGGAUUAUUUUUGGCGGAGAUGUUCCUGAAGAUGUACGGUCUCGGUUUCCGCUUGUACUUCCACUCAUCUUUCAACUGUUUCGACUGUGGCGUCAUCGUCGGCAGUAUCUUUGAAGUGGUCUGGGGAUUCUUCAGACCUGGGACGUCUUUCGGAAUUAGCGUCCUGAGGGCGCUGAGACUCCUGAGGAUCUUCAAAAUAACCAAGUACUGGGCAUCCCUGAGGAACCUGGUGGUAUCUCUCAUGAGUUCUAUGAAGUCUAUCAUCAGCCUGCUCUUCCUCCUCUUCCUCUUCAUCGUAGUCUUUGCUCUGCUGGGUAUGCAACUCUUUGGUGGCAGGUUCAUCUUUGAAGAAUACACUCCUACCAACUUUGACACGUUUCCUACCGCUAUUAUGACUGUUUUUCAGAUUCUGACAGGUGAGGACUGGAAUGAGGUGAUGUAUAAUGGCAUCCGCUCGCAGGGGGGUGUACAGUACGGCAUGUGGUCCUCUAUCUACUUCAUAGUGCUGACGCUCUUUGGGAACUACACACUGCUCAACGUCUUCUUGGCCAUUGCUGUGGACAAUCUAGCCAACGCCCAAGAGUUAACCAAGGAAGAAGAGGAAGAAGAGGAGUUCUUCAACCAGCGAUACAAAGGUCGGGAGUUCGGUCUCUCAGAAAGGAGGAGGCGACCGUACUUGUACAGAAAACGAGCGAUCCACCGGGGCAGGCCGUCGCCCGCUGAGGCCGAGGAGGAAAACGUCCGACCUGGAAGCGUGAGACAGGCGGAGAGCGAACCCGUCAACAACUUCGCCAACCGGAGGGAGAGACGGAAGAAAACGACCAUGUCGGUCUGGGAACACCGAGCCAAUCAGCUUCGCAAACGCAGACAGAUGGCCAGUAGGGAAGGCCUGUUCGACAGCCCCACCGAUGACCACCUGGACACGCCCACCAACGGACAACAGCAGCAGCACAGUAUCUCCCCCACCUCCCCGGAGGCCAGCCCGGGACACCUCCCCGAGUCUCCCCUCUCCGUGGUCAUACCCCUACCUGAGCCACCCAUGUCCAUAACCAUGCCGUUGCCCGAGCCCCCGGAAUCUGAGCCCCUGUCUUUAACGAGCCCUGGAACCGACGACAGAACCUGUGCUGGCGGAACCCGGUCCAACACCGAAAGGAGACAUCGCGUGGCUCGAAAGUUUCGCGCCGCCGCAGCCGUAGGGGCGGAAGUCGGUGGCCGGCACAGGCGGCACAGGCAUCGGGAAGCCCGUACUGAAUCCAAGAACUGCGAGACCCCUCCAAAUUCCGGCAGCUGCGAGAGGAUGAUUCCGGAAGGGUGGGACGAAGGGAGGGGCCUUCCAGGGGAAGGCGGGAUAGGCCAAGAGGAUGGGGCAAACAUGUCCAACCACCAAUCAGAGUUAGGCGAGGACAAUCAGAGUUUUAGGGACCCUACCACUGAUACAGUGGGUGUCUGUGAGGGCCAGGAGCCAGAGCUGUGGGUGCCUCAGCAGCGUGGAUCUGUGGGAGAGGGAGGGGCCACCGAGGUCCGACGGGAGUCCUGCCCCCGGAAUCUGACAGAAUCUGCCUUGGAGUCCACUUAUUUCAUCGAAGGGGCCAACGAGAGCGAUACCAACGCCUGUUACCUGAAUCAGGGAGAGCGGUCAGGAGAAGGUGGAAUGACCAGAGAUUUGUCUGCCCAGCCUCUGCUGGAGCUGACUCCAAUGACAGUACACUUCAAAGACGUGGAAGCUGCAUACUCAGAAAAGAACGACAGAGAUGAAGAUGAUGAGGAAGAGGAAGAGGAGCAAGCCCCUGACCCUCAGUCAGCUCCACCAGAUAGCAUGUUCAUAUUUAAAUCAACCAACCCUAUUAGACGAAUAUGUCAUUAUGUGGUUACUUUGCGGUACUUUGAGAUGACCAUCCUGCUGGUGAUUGUGGCCAGCAGUAUCGCUCUUGCGGCUGAAGACCCUGUGUGCACCAACUCUGAAAGGAACAGGGUUCUGCGUUAUUUUGAUUAUGUCUUCACGGGUGUCUUCACCUUUGAGAUGAUUAUAAAGAUGAUAGACCAAGGCCUAAUCCUGCACGACGGCUCGUAUUUCCGGGACUUGUGGAACAUUCUGGAUUUUAUAGUGGUGGUGGGCGCCCUGAUUGCCUUUGCUCUUACGAAUGUCAUGGGAAACAACAAGGGUCGAGACAUCAAAACCAUCAAAUCCCUUCGGGUUCUCCGAGUACUUCGGCCGCUUAAGACCAUAAAAAGACUGCCCAAACUUAAGGCGGUUUUCGACUGUGUGGUGACCUCCCUGAAAAACGUCCUCAACAUUCUCAUCGUCUACAAGCUGUUUAUGUUCAUCUUCGCCGUCAUCGCCGUGCAGCUCUUCAAAGGAAAGUUCUUCUACUGCACCGACGGCUCCAUGAGAACCCAGAGAGAAUGCCAAGGUUUUUACAUUGACUAUGGGAGAGACAGAAAGGAGCUGAAGAAGAGAGAAUGGAAGAGACAUGAGUUUCACUAUGACAAUGUAAUGUGGGCCCUGCUCACCCUUUUCACAGUGUCUACUGGAGAAGGCUGGCCACAGGUCCUUCAGCACUCCGUAGACGUUACUGAGGAAGACCACGGCCCCAGUCAGGGAAACCGCAUGGAGAUGUCCAUCUUUUACGUGGUCUACUUUGUGGUUUUCCCUUUCUUCUUCGUCAAUAUCUUUGUCGCCCUCAUCAUCAUCACUUUCCAGGAACAGGGGGAUAAGAUGAUGGAGGAAUGCAGUUUAGAGAAGAAUGAGAGGGCUUGUAUAGACUUUGCCAUCAGCGCUAAGCCUCUGACACGAUACAUGCCCAAGAACAGACAGACGCUUCAGUAUCGUCUGUGGCAUUUCGUGGUCUCUCCCUCAUUCGAGUACACGGUCCUCGUCCUGAUCGCUCUCAACACGGUUGUCCUCAUGAUGAAGUACUACUCAGCACCGGCUGCGUAUGACAUGAUUCUGAAGCACUUGAACACAGCCUUCACUCUGCUCUUCUCUCUGGAGUGCAUUCUGAAAAUCAUGGCCUUUGGUUUUAUGAAUUAUUUCAGAGAUACUUGGAACAUCUUUGACUUCAUCACGGUGCUGGGCAGUAUUACUGAGAUAGUGGUGGAUUUGCAGUCAGUGAACGUCAUCAACAUGAGCUUCCUGAAGCUUUUCCGAACAGCCAGACUCAUCAAGCUCCUAAGACAAGGAUACACAAUCCGAAUCCUGCUCUGGACCUUCGUACAAUCGUUUAAGGCUCUCCCCUACGUCUGCCUGCUCAUCGCUAUGCUGUUCUUCAUUUACGCUAUUAUUGGUAUGCAGGUGUUUGGAAACAUUAAACUGAAUGAUGAAAGCCACAUCAACCAGCACAACAACUUCAAGACCUUCUCCGGUGCUUUGAUGCUCCUCUUCAGGAGUGCGACAGGGGAGUCAUGGCAGGAGAUCAUGCUCUCCUGUCUUGGCGGAAAGGAGUGCGAACCCGAUCCUUCCAUAGCCCCGCCCUUCACAUCCCCGGAUCACGAAGGGGGUUGUGGCACCGACUUCGCCUACUUCUACUUUGUCUCCUUCAUUUUCUUCAGCUCCUUCCUGAUGCUCAAUCUGUUUGUGGCUGUGAUUAUGGACAACUUUGAGUAUCUGACACGUGAUUCAUCCAUCCUUGGCCCGCACCACUUGGACGAGUUUGUUCGUAUUUGGGGGGAAUACGACCGCGCUGCAUGCGGCCGUAUUCACUACACCGCCAUGUAUGAAAUGCUUACGCACAUGUCACCACCGCUUGGCCUUGGGAAGAAGUGCCCUGCCAAAGUCGCAUAUAAGAGGCUGGUUUUGAUGAACAUGCCUGUGGAUGAGGACAUGACUGUACACUUUACCUCCACCCUGAUGUCUCUGAUCCGCACCGCCCUGGAGAUCAAAAUCGCUCGAGGAGGGGAAGACCGGGUCCAACUGGAUACUGAACUACAGAAAGAGAUUAGCAUCAUCUGGCCACACCUCUCCCAGAAGACCUUAGACCUGCUGGUGCCAAUCAACAAAGACACAGACAUGACAGUUGGAAAGAUUUACGCCUCUAUGAUGAUCAUGGACUACUUCAAACAGAGCAAAGCCAAGAAACUGAGACAGCAAGUCGAGGAGCAGAGUACCCCUACACUUCCUCUAAUCACUCACAAUGCAGGUUCAGCCCUAACCAGAGGUGGGUUUGUGGCACUGAGCCCUAUUUCCCCUCAGGAGCUAUUCAUCCAGCAAAUGGCACAAGACAGAGAACGUCAUGAGGACCAUGAACAAUCACUGGUGGAGAUUGAUCACAGUGUGGUGAAUAAUCCGUCAUCCACUAGAGAAGAGCGAGAAGGGAAUGAUUUGUGGCAUGAGGAACAAUCUCCCGCACGACUAUUUCGACCACGACACAAGAGCUACAAAGCAGCCGUAUCCUGUUCUGAACAGAGGAGUGCUCAGGCCCACACACGCUCUCCUAGUGAAGAACGGACAUGUGCACUCACCAAACAGGGAAACAGCUCUGAUAGCCCUGUACCUUCCACAUCAGAAUCGAGCACCCCUAGUGGCAGGCACCACUCAUCUCAGACCCCCACCCCUUCCCGCCCCCACAUCUCUUACUCGCCUCUGGUGUGCCGCACACACCCUUCAUCGCAAGAAGAUGAUGACGUCGAGGAGGGAGAUAGCCCACAGAAGCUGGGACGCAUUCGAGAUGCUUCGUGGGAUGGAGGUGCAGAAGAACAGGAGGUGGAGGAAGGACAGCAGGAGGACACAGACAGGGAAGACGAAAACUUCCUCAGCUCCUCUGCACGUCGUUACCCCUCAGAACCUUACCUGGCCCUUCAGGAGGAGGAACACAGUCCGGAACCUUCCGGUCCGAUGGAAACUCUCACCUUCGAGGCAGCAGUGGCCACCAGCUUGGGACGUUCCAACACAAUCAGCGCCUCGGUGCACAUGCGCUCACGCCUGGGCUGGCAGAUACCCAAUGGACACUUCCGGAAGCGGCUGGCCCAGAGUGCCUCGUUGGCUGCUUGUGAGACUCUAAGUGACACAGAGGACGAUAAAUGCUAG